AUGACCAAUCCCGAUCGCCUAGAGUUCCCAUCGGGAGCUCAACUUGCUUAUCUCGCUGAGGGGGGCGCGAAUGUAAUUUACCGAAUCAUAUGGGCGCCAGCGCCAGCGGGGCCUAAGCAGAAGGAUGCUGCGCCUAGUAAGGAACAGAUGAGUAUACCUCCCAUGUUGCGGGGGAAGUUACUCCGACUACGCAAGGAAACCAAGUCUGGGAUUUCGUACCAGGAGAUCUCGCGCAACUUUGAUAGAAUCAUUCGACCGUUGUUCCAGCCCGAGGAGGUAGUGGAUCAGACCCUCGUCCAGCUGCCCAGGGGACUAGUGCAACAGUGCAACGAGCGGCUACGUGCAGCCGAACUCAAUGGCACGCGUCCUCGCAGACGAUGCGGGGUGUAUCUGUCGCUCAACGAGCCCUUUGGGUUGCUAGUGACGGAUAUGACAACCUUUACCGAUCCAGGAAUGAUAAUGGCAGAACUCAAGCCAAAGUGGCUCCUCCAGUCUCCAUCUGCACCACCGGAUGCUCGACGAUGUCGUACCUGCGCAUUACGGGACAUGAAGAACCGCGAAUCUCGAAAAGUGUGCGGAUCAGAAGAUAAAUCGUUCUGCCCUCUUGGUCUUGUCUCGGAUAAGUUCGAGCAUGUCUUGCGCGCAACUCGGUUUGUCAAGGGCUGCCAGGACCAGGACCGUCUGGCGCGGUUUUUGCACCGGAAUAGCACCCUGCUGAAGCUCCAGUCUCAUCAAAAGGCCAUGCGCGAUGUUGGCCUGCAUGGACAAUCUGCACAGUCAAGCGAAAAAUCGCUUGCUAUGACUUUGAGGGACUGUACCAUGUUUAUCAAGAUGCCACUGGACGGAGAAGGAACCGUCGAAGUCCGUCUAGGAGACCUCGAUCUUAAGACGGGGGCUGGGGGCAAGGCGCAGUACUGGCUUGACUUGGAGAAUCGACUUAUCUCCCAGGGGUGGUAUUUAGGAACCAACUGUGGGCAGACUUCGAGCGAAUGCGUCUUGCAGGGUUCGUCGAAGCAUUCACAUCAUUAA